AUGAAAUGGAAUCAAAUGAAUGAAUUAGAUAAAUCGAAGGAAGAAAAGAAAAAAAAAAGGUAAAAGAAAAGGAAAAUAAAUAAAUAAAUAGAUAAAUCAAAUAAAAUAAACUAAAAUGAUUAUUUCAACGAAGUGUAGUGCGCCAGAAUACUUAUACCACGAUCAUAGAAUUGGUAUACACCCAUCGCGAAGAACAGUUUUGAAUGAUAUUUCAAAUUCAAUAAAUAAAAUUCACGAUAGUAAUAAUGAGGAGGCCAACAAAUGCAAUUUUGACGUAUUAGAAUCGGGUCAUUCGUUGAAAGCUAAUUUUAAAUAAAUAACAUUAGUCAUUUUUCUCAUUUCUCUUUCUCACCAUCCGAGAGAGAGGGAGUAAAAAAUUUACAACACAUUCCAUCACCCGUAGCAAGUAUUAUACCAUAGAUAUAUUGACAUGGUGGACGAAUCGAAAAGGCUGGAGAAACAAAUUACAAUGAAGAGAAUAAACAAUGGCCAUAGUUCAGCGGGAUCGUAUAUCAUGAUGGAAAAUAAAAGUAAAAAAAAAUUCUACCCCUAAUAAUUACCGAAGUUGUAAAACAAGUAGGAGGAAAAAACGAACGAACGAACGAACGAAAAAAGAAAAAGGAAAACAAUAAUCAAACGCGAAAAGUCCAUAUUGACUAUUCAAUAAAAAAAAAUAUAUAUAUACAUAUACAUCAUAUAUUAUAUAUAUCUUUAACUAAUAAUAUUUGACAAACCUAUGCGCAUCGAGAUGUAGAGGGGCCCAAAUACGGGGCCCCCCCAGCGUGCGGUGCCCAAAUUUUGAUUAUUCGUUAUAAAAUAACAAUUAUAUUAUCAAAUAUACCAUCGUCUAAUUGACAGAGAAAAAAUAUUCAUAAAAUAAAUAACAAGAAAAAAAUAACCGAACGAGGUUCUAGGCCAUCGUAUAGUUAAAUAUACAUAUAUAUCAAUUAUAAGGAAAACCUGUCUUUCAUAUAAACCCUGAUCCCCGGAUCAAGGGUGCCAAAUUCAGAAUAUUAAUAGUAACGAUAUUAAUACUAAUAAUAAUAAUAAUAAUAAUAAUAAUAAUAAUAUAAUAAUAAUAUGAAUAAAGUAUACAUAAUAAAAAAAAAAUAUUUAGGAUCCAAAUCAAGUGAUCGUUGAUAUGCGAUUUGCCUUAGUAUUUGUUUGUGGUUAGGGGAGGAAAACUAAACUUUAAACGAGAGUUAUGAAACAUAUUAUAAUUAAUUGAUUGGAUAAUUCUCUCGAUUAAACAGAACAAAAAAAAAAAAAAAAAAAUAGAAGAAAAAGGAAAAGGAAAUAAAGUAAAGCAAAAGUAAACCUAUGUCUGCAGUGCGUUGGUUGACGUAUUGCAAUAGACGUGGGGUGUCUUGAAAUCAACGUUUGUUAAAAGCAAAAUUCAAUAAAAAAAAAAACCCAAAAAUAAUAACAAAAUUAAUAAAAUAAAAUAAAAUUACUUUUAAAUAAAGUUUACAUUAAAUACUAAUAUGUCCGUUCUAAUAAAAUCAAAAUCGAGCUGAUAUUAUAUCGUAGAUAAAAUAAAUACAUGUAAUUAUAAAAAAUAACAAACUAAAAUAAAAACAGAAAAAAAUUAUUCUAUCCAUGUAUAAUAGUGCAGUAAUAAAUUAUACAUAUAUUAUAUCUUUGCAUAACAGAGUAAAGCUCCGAUUAUUAUCAAUCCAUCUGGUGACAAGAUAAAUAAAGAGAAAUAAGGAAGGAAAAGAAACGAAGAAAAUAAUUCGUAUUUUAUGAUUAUUGUUAUUAUUAUUAUUAUUAUUAUUGCUGUUGUUGUACUAUACCUAUGAAAACCGCUGCACAAAUGAUCGCACAACAUUGAUACACGUUUGCGUUAAAAAUGAUUUGAAAGGGGGGAAAAACGAGAAAAACAAAAAAAAAAAAAAAAAAGUAAAUCAAAAUUUAUACACAUAAAUUAAAAAAUGUUCGCAACAAUUCGAGUGAGAUAAUCGUUUUGAAAAACGACAAAACCGCGACGAUGACGAGAUGAAAAAAGAUAAGAGACGUGACGUUGUAAUUUUAUUCGUAAAUGAUCUACCGUAUACAUAUAUAUGUGUAUAAAUAUAAAAAUCUAGUAAAUUUGAAUAACAAAAAAAAUUAAAAGAUGGUGGACCUGGGUGGAUACAUCAUCAUACUGAUGAAUCACAAUGGAAAAGUCAAGUUGUACGGAUCGCCUGCCGAUAAUGCGGAUAGCUUAGAGGUCGGUGAUGAGAUUUUAGAAGUGAAUGGACGGACCUUGGAAAACGCUACGCACUCAGAAGUCAUCCAACAUAUUCAUCAGUGCAUCAAAUCGCGAACGAUAUGUUUGAGGGUCCGGAGAAGAAGUGGAAACAAAAUGGAAGAGUUGGAUGGACCAAACGCCGGGCGUAUCAGAGAUGCUUGGGUCAUCGCAGUGGAAAGAGGAGCGAGAGAAAGAUUGCAGAGACUGACAGCUUUGAGGAGAAUCCAACCGCGAGAUAUACAAGCCAUUCUUCACCAAAAGGAUGAGAAUACGGACGGAGGAGCGUCUUCGAGCACGAUAACAACCAGGGCUGAAGUAGCGACCAACCAAAUUACCGUGACGGUGAAGGACAGAGAUCGUGGGGCGAGUGAAUUUCCGGUGAAAUUGAGCAACGGGACCGUGCCAAAAGUGUCUAAUAAAGUUCAACAGGGAUCGGUGACUUUGAAUAAAUCUGGUAAUAAUGACAACAAGGACGAAAUAUCUGGUACGGCGGUCGCGCAACAGCAGGGCGUUUUGAAGGACAAGAAGGAUACUCUGGAAAAGCAACAGAGUUGCCCCGAAGAAUCUAACAAUCUUCUUGUUCAGCCGCAAGCUAAUAAUCAGGGCAACAGAGGAAUCGGUGAAAGAAGGGCCAGUAGUCCAUUUCAAAAUGGCCGUACCGAAGUCCUGAUAGGAGACGCCGAAGGAGGACCAAGAUCUCCCAGAGGAUCGACAUCUUCGGCUGCCAAUGACAAUAACAUAUUGAACCCGACCCUAGCUGAGUCCGACAAUCCAGAACCAAUUUGUAGGUCUCGCAGACAAGGCAGUGGCGUAGCGGAAAUCCACCUGCAACAGGAAAAUAACAACGGGUCACGGGAGGUCAAGGAGGGGGUUGGGCCCGUAGAGGGGCCCGAUGAAAUGUGGGCCCCAACAGCCCUCGGGCAUCACCGGGAACUUCCCGUAGACGUUCCCGACACCCUCCUCCAGCAGGCCUACCCCAACGCAACAAAGGUAAAAGUAGAUACCGAGUCACCCCGCGCUCGGAAAAUCGUCCAUUCCCGUAGCGCUAGCGAUCUUCGCGAAUUGCAGGCCGAUAACUGCGCUGAUUUAACCCCCUUUAACAACGUUCUAACACUCGAUAAAAAUCAUACAUUAAAUUUUAACAAUAACACAAAACCCGAGAGAAUUUGCAACGGAAACGGCGGAGAGGAGGACGGUAGGGAAACGGAGGUAGAUAUCGCCGACCAAACGGACGGCGAGGCUCCUCGGAGGAUCGAUCCGCCCUUCCCGAAGACGGUGGAGGUCGAAAUUCAGCCGAGGAAUCAGAAGGAAUCGAACGUAGACGCCGAGGACGACUAUCCCUUCGCCAAAGAGGAUUAUCCGACGAUGUUGAAAACUUGCAGCGACGAUUCCGCCAGCCCUCGAAGCUCGUCGGGCAGGUCGGACAGUACAGCCCCGCUGGACGGAAGCCUCGAAGUAAAUUUGGACGCGAGUUUGGUGAUCGGGCAUCGCAUCAACGGUGGCGAAAAAGAUUCCACCUCGCUGUACGACGCGCGACGCAUCGACCUCGGAUCGCCCUGCAGGACGAUGAUGAUGUCGGACAUAAAAGUAACGCCUUUGUUCAAUCGUGGUAGGGUUUCGACGUCCUUCGACAAUCCGGCCUACGGUUUGGUCGGCCUUCAGGACAUUCAGGGGCUGUUGAUAAGGUCCGACGAAGUGUCGGAUCUCACCAGAUUGAUAGACGACGCUCUGGUCACCGGAAAGUGCAACAAGGAUCAAGCCGCUCCCAACGCCGCGAAACUGAGGAGGAGCGCGAAGAAUCAGAAGAAUUCGCAUCAAGCGAGGACGAUAGCGGUCGGUUCCAGGGUCGAUGCGGAAGUCGAGGAGUUGAGCCGGGCCGGAUCUACCGAUGAUUUGAUAGACGGCGAGACGCCGGCGACGAUCGCUUCGAGGAUGAAGAACAAAAAGAAGAAGCUGUCGUCCAGCGGAUACUCGACCCUCAGGAGCGAGGGCUCCACGGACUUCGACGCCUCUUCGUUCGUCGUGGAGAACGACAAGAGCUUCAGGGAAAUGGCGGUCGACUGUCCGACCGAUUUUAUACCGAUCGCUAAAUCACAUCCGGUUUAUCCGCCGCCGGGCAAACCGGCGGGCAACGGGAAAUCGGGCGUCCCGGACAAUCAGAAGAGAAAGGAAAAGGCGAUAGAAAAGUUAAACGUUGCAGAUUCUAAACCCUGUGAUGUAAAUCCUAACAACGUGAAUUUUCACGUCGACGUAAACAACCAGUCACGAGAAUCAAAACCGAACACGAACGAUAUUAAAACCGUCGAAUCAAUUAACAACAAUCGCAGUACGCUACUUCCAACCGAUAAAGCUAGCGAUAGCGUAAUCGUAGAGAUCGUUGAUCAUAAAGAUUUGAAGGCCGGACUGAACGGAGUUAAGCCUGCCAUACCACCUAGAGAUCAAAAACGAGCCCCAGCCAGACCUCCCAAGGACAACAGAUUGUCGCAGAACAACAAUGUCGAACAAACCGAACCAACGCAACAACAGCUUCAUUCCAUAAGGAAAUAUCAGGAACAACUUAGAAAACGGAAAGACGAGGAAGAAAAACAAGAAUGUUUGAACCGGUCACUUAGAGGAUCCCGGAAACUCCACGCUUUAGAAAGUCAUUCGACAAACCUUUCCGGGCAAGAAAAUCCAGCCUAUGCUCAAGACGAAUUUGUUAAUAGAUCAAACUCAAUAGCGAGCAAACCAACGAAUUCCUUAACUUCGCAGGAAAUUGAAGAACCUCCGAGACCGCUCACUUACGGAGAAGUUGUAGCGACCUUGGAAAGGUUACAACUGCAGCUCAAAAACGUUGCGGGAGCUUUAGGCGUGCCUUCUCCUGGAGUAGAAGCAAAACUAGAAGCAGUCAGAACACUUUUGGUACAAAGACGUUUUGCAACUGCUCUCGCCACGCACCAUGCCCUACGAAAUUGUCUGAGGGAAAGCGGGAAAAUUAUUAAACCUCUACAUCAUACCGAAGAUGCAGCUAAUCUUGCUCGAGAUUGCGUUGAGGUACUCGAACAAUGGCAGACAUCGACGAAGGGUGGUGGAAAUAGCGGAGAUGGUAUGGGUUCAAUCGUUGAAGAACUCACCAGUUUAUUAACAAGUUACGAGAUAGAGGGUCUUCUCCUGGCCCAUGAUUCAGUUAGUUCCUACGUCGACGGUCUUCAACGCCGACAAAGUCCGUCCUCGUCCUUGCCAAGCGGACCACCAAGUCCUAAUUCUAGCACACACGGUUCUAGAGUAGCUGAGAAUAUUAAAAUCAUUAGGAUUGAAAAAACUAAUGAGCCACUCGGUGCUACUGUUCGAAACGAAGGAGACGCAGUCAUUAUAGGUCGAGUGGUUCGAGGAGGAGCAGCAGACAAAUCGGGUCUCUUACACGAAGGUGACGAAGUUCUAGAAGUCAACGGAGUUGAAAUGCGGGGUAAAAGCGUAAACGAGGUCUGCGAUAUCCUUGCCGGUAUGCAAGGAGGCCUAACGUUCCUUGUGUUGCCCGCUCCGGUUGACCACAGAAAUACAAUCAGCACCAAUGUACGAGAAGACAACACUUUGAUCCAACAUGUACGAGCCCAUUUUGAUUACGACCCUGAAGAAGAUCCUUACAUACCUUGCCGAGAGCUGGGAGUCAGCUUUCAGAAAGGAGAUGUUCUGCAUGUAAUUUCUCAGGAAGAUCCUAGCUGGUGGCAAGCGUACCGAGAGGGAGAAGAGGACCAGACCUUGGCCGGUCUUAUUCCUAGCAAGAGUUUCCAACACCAGCGCGAGUCUAUGAAGCAAACGAUAGCUGGAGACAAAUCAGCUGGACGUGGUUCAAAAAAAUCGAGUACAUUACUUUGUGCAAGGAAAAAUCCUAAAAAGAAAAAGAGAAGCAAGUCUGGUUCAAAUUUCAACGACGACGGUUAUCCCCUCUAUGCUACAACAGCUAUUGAUGAUUAUGACAGCGAAGAGGUACUCACCUAUGAAGAAGUUGCCCUUUACUACCCACGAGCUAAUCACAAAAGGCCGAUAGUAUUAAUUGGCCCACCCAACAUUGGAAGGCAUGAAUUAAGGCAAAGAUUGAUGCAGGAUAGCGAAAGAUUUGCAGCAGCAAUUCCUCAUACAAGCAGGCCGAGGAAAGAUUCUGAAGUAGAUGGACAAGACUAUCAUUUCAUAUCACGUUCCCAGUUUGAAUCGGAUAUACUCUGCAGAAGAUUUGUGGAGCAUGGAGAAUAUGAAAAGGCUUAUUAUGGCACGUCAGUGGAAGCUAUACGCUCAGUGGUGAACUCUGGUAAAAUUUGUGUACUUAAUUUGCAUCCGCAGAGUUUAAAGAUUCUUAGAAGCUCUGAUCUUAAACCAUACGUCGUAUUUGUGGCACCGCCAAGUCUCGAAAAGUUGAGACAAAAGAGGAUUAAAAACAAUGAAAACUUCAAAGAAGAAGAAUUAAAAGAUAUCAUCGAAAAGGCCAGAGAAAUGGAGGAUAAAUAUGGUCACUUAUUCGACAUGAUUAUCAUCAAUAAUGAUACCGAUCGGGCGUAUAAUCAGUUGCUCACAGAAAUUAAUUCUCUGGAAAGAGAGCCUCAAUGGGUUCCUGCCUCUUGGCUCCAAUGAGAGCAAAAUAAAAAACAAGCGAUUAAAUCUUGGUACACAUUCCCUCUUAGAAGCUUCUCAAACGAAUGUUGACACAUUUGAAACAAUAGUUGAUACUUCUUAUCGAUUCUAAAAUAGUCAAAAUGAGAUCUUAACCAUCUAGAUUGAUCGUACCUUGAGCUAUCCUUCGAUUUUUAUUCAUGGCCAAAUUACCAAGUUGAGCUUGCCUUGACUUCUUUCGUCAAAGAUCGUUGUCUCAAACCUGUAAACAUUGUUCACUAUUUUUGUUACUAUUCUCAUUCAUGAGAUAUUUUUUACAUAGAAUUCUGUAAUUUAACUUUAUGAUAUAAGCAGAUAUUUUGUAAUUACUUAAUCAUUUGGUAAUUUGAUUAUUAAUUGUCGAAGAAAAAAGAUAAUGAAGAAAAAAACGGAAAUUGAGAACAAAACAAUGCAAAGUAAUCGUGAUGCUAAUGAGUGUGUUAAAUUACAUAAACAGAAGCGUCUAUCAGGGAAAUUUAGAAUCUCGAUAAAAAAAAUAUCACAACACACAUAAUUUUAUCGCAUCUAGUAAAAAUCGAAAUUAAAACAACACAGUUAUUGAUAUUUCACCGUAUAUUAGACUGUCUUUUAUCUGUAUAGAAAUUUUAUUCCCAACAUGUAAACUUGUUACGUAAUAGGCAUGUAAUAGAUGAUCGAUUGAAAUUUUCAAGCUUGUGUCAAGUUCUAAAAUUGUGCCAACUGUUAAAAUAGGCAGGUUGAAGAAAAAAAAAACCGAUCAUAAACACGAAUGUGCCAAAAUUGAAUUGGAUAUAAUUCAUGGAGUUUUAAAUUAAAAAGAUGCGCUCAAAGGCACUGUAGGACUCGUCGUUAAUUAUAAUUAUGUAAAUACUUGUGCAAUUGACAAUUGUAUAGAGAAAUAUAGAUAUAUUAUCCCAUACCUCCGCGCUAAACAAGAGUAUACCAUCUUCCCUCCAAUGCUCAUACUUUAUUUAACAUCAAAUGUAUUCAUAAAUUUGUUGUACGUUUGUUGUUAUUAUCAUGAAUUAUAUUAGCUGAGCCGUCAAAUUUUCACUGAACUUUCUUUGCUAAUCGAGUAUUGUCAAAGGUAUGAGAAAGUUUGCAAUUUUAAAUUGUUUCAAAUCAAGGUUCUCUUUGAUAGCAAGGUGGUAAUAACGCUGCUAAGAUUCUAUCAAUAGUCAAUAUUACAUCGAAAAUUAUUUCUCGAUCGAACGAAUAGAUUAUCGAUACAAAUUAUUGACAGCUGAUAGAAACUUGGCGAUUAAGUAGAUUAUCGAUAAUGCUAAAGUGUGUAUAUUGAUAUUGGUUUCAGAUGUAAAAUAAACAUAUAAGCGUUCAAGCGUAUAUAAAUAAGAGAAUAAAUAAUAUAAUUAGCAAUAAUGUUGAUAAGUAAAAUAAAUUCAAGCAUUCGAAAUACGUGCGAACAUUCUAAAAAGAAACUCUUCCGAACGUUAACUAUAUUAUAAUAUAUUACGUUAAAUUAUAUUAACAUAAAGGAUGAUAAUUCCAACAAGUAUGUGAAUUCAGAGAUCAUAUUUCAAAGGUAUCGUCAGACUCUUGUGGGUAACGCAAUCACCUACGGAACUUGCAUUGUAAAUAUGAUCUUUCGUUCAAUCAUUGGAAAACGAAUACUUGCCCAAAGGCAGCUACUUAUACAUGCUCUUCAAUGUCUUUCAUUUAAGGAGGAAAUAUUGAGAAAGAGUACGAGUUGAAAUUUAAUUUUCCAGAAUUAUUGACCGAGAACCUGUCGUGAUUAUACUGUGAAAUGUGCGUUAAGUUGUAGAGAGAAUCUUGUAAAAAUUGUAACAUUUAAAAAAGUCAAGAGAAAUAUCGCCAUGUGCGGUUAUUACGCCGCCAUUCGUGCGACAUUCAUUCUGUUACAUGUUAUGUUAAAUAAAGGUUAUUAUAACAUUUCAAAAGUCAA